UGACUGUCUGCAGACAGAACAUGGCUGACCUGUCAGAAGACCAAUGAGGGAAAGGCCAAAUUUAGCAUAAUCGAUCUUAUUUUUACGUCGUUUCUGACCACAGUUGACCGUCGUGGGCAGCAGUUGACAACAGGUAUUCAAGAUGAGCGGGUUGCCGGAUGGAAUUGCAAAUGGCCCAAGCAGGAGUGGACACUUGGAGAAAGAUGCUCAGAUUUGGGAGAGACCUUGGACUCUUGAAGAGAUGCGGCAGAGCAGUGCCAACUGGUCCUUGGCAGCUGACUCAGGGCUCUUCCUGUUCCUCCAAGACUUCUCCCAGAGAAUGCUGUCAAAGACACAUGAUAUUGAAAAGCAGUUGGACAGUCUGAUCCGUGACACCAAGGCCACAGAUAGCUGCCUGCACUCAGUCUUUAAUGACUUUCUCAUGCUCUCCAAUACACAGUUUAUAGAAAAUAGAGUGUAUGAUGAAGAGGUAGAAGAGACUAUUCCCAAGGCCGAUGCUCUGGAAAAGCAGCCUGAGCAGGAGAAGACUCGAGAACAAAAAGAGGCAGAGAUGAUUCCCAAGAUGCAGGAAGCUGUAAACCACGGUCUGAGGGUGCUGGAGUCAGCUUUUGAGCAUCUGGACAUCAAAGCAGGAAAUUCUGAUUCAGAGGAUGAGGAGGUCACAGACAGAGUGGAGGCCAUAUUGGAGCCAAAGGAUCUUUAUGUGGACAGACCACUUCCUUAUCUGAUUGGUUCCCAGGCCUUCAUGGAGCAAGAGGACGUUGGACUUGGUGACCUCUCAAGUGAUGAAAUGUCAGUUGACAGUGACAGAGACAGUGUAAUUGAGAGCGAAGAUGGCAAAGAAGCAGUUCAGUCAGAUGAUGACUUUAAUCAGGAGGAUGAAGGUCACAAUAAUAUUAGGAAGAAGUCAUCUAUGUUGAGUUAUGAGGAUGACGAAGAGGAGGAUGAGGAUUCAGACAUAUUCGGAGAAUCGGACGGGGAUGAUGAUGAUGACGACACAAAGAACACAGGCUCAUCAUCUUUUGCCGAUGAGCUGGCAGCCCGAAUUAAAGGUGAACCAGUUAACAAACCAGAAGGAGAUCGAGCAUCAUUGACAUCUAAGAAGAAGAGUAAAAGCAGGAAAGAAGCAAAACCUGUGAAGCCCCAGGCAGCUGAGGAGGACAGUGAUGACAUGUUUAAACCACCUAAGAUGGAUGAUGAUGACUUCUCUCCAUUUGGAGGGAAAGGUGGCCUCUUCAGUGGAGGGAAAGGCCUGUUUGACGAUGAUGACGAGGGAGAUCUUUUCGCUGAGGCACCAAAACCUCCUGCGUCCGUAGAGAAAAAGGUGCUGAAUGAAAGCACAGCUCAACCUGCAGAAUCCAACAAACCUGGAAAGAAGAUUCCAACGAGUGCCAUUCCAAUAUUCCCAGAGAACAGCCUGUUCAGUUCAGGGAAUGACUCUGAUUCAGUGGCCAACAAGGAGAACGGGACUCCAGCUCCAAAGACCGAUGCUGCCUCCCAACAGGCUCCUACAGGAGCAGGUGUUGGUGGAGUAGCAGGUGGGCUGUUUGAUGAUGAAGAGGAGGAUGAUGACUUUUUCAGCAGUAGAAGCCUGAAGAAGUCUGACUCUGCUGGACAGGGAAAACCCAAGAAAGCUAUUGACCUUUUCGAUGACGAGGAUGAGGAUGGUGACAUAUUCAGUGAGAAGUACAAUACACCAACUCCAGCCCAGAGCAAGAAGGAGGUAGUGGAAGAGCAGGUUAAACAACCUGAGAAAAAGAUGCCAGCAGGGGCCAUCUCCAUGUUUGGACCCGGGACUCAAAGCUUGCUCAGUGAGAGCCUGAAAAAACGUCAGCCGUCUACCAGCGAGGAGUCUGAGAAAUCAGAGGAGAACGGGCCGGCUGCAGAUGCUGUGAAAUCUGCUGUCAAGCAAACUCCGAAAGCCCAGACCAGAGGCCUUUUCUCUGAUGAUGAAGACACGCAGGGAUCUCCAACUAUCCCUAAGAGCCAGUCUAAGCCUGAACCUGCAAGCCUGGGCAAAUCCAGCAAGGCUCAUUUGUCACUAUUUGAUGAUGAAGAAGAAGAGGAUCUGUUUGCAUCUGCAUCUAAAUCUAAAGCAAAAUCUAAUCCAGCUAAAGCCUCCACACCACAAGCCAACAAGACUGUGUCCAGCUCCCUCUUCAGUGAUGAUGAGGACCAGUGGCUGGGUUCUAAAAGUAGUGCAGUGACGCCAGAGGUCAAGACAGGAGGGAUGAAGGCCAGUGCUAGUGCCCCCUCCAGUCUCCCAAGUGCCAAAAUGUCUCACAAAAGCAGCCUUUUUGAUGCUGACGAUGAUGAUGACCUGUUUGCUCCAACAACAAUGUCAAGUCAGAAGAAGCCUCAGAGAGUUGCUCUCUUGUUUGAGGAUGAGGGCGAUGAUGAUGAUGAUGAUGAAGAAGAUAAAGCAUCCCUCUUUGGCAUCAAACCUGCUGUCAGCACAAACACUGCAGUCCCAGCUGCCAAGAAACCUGCUGUGCCCUCUCAAUCGUCCCCCCUGUUGGAGAAAUCAGAAGACGUUGUAGUUUCUAGGACGGCAGCGAAGGACAAGCCUUCAGAGCAGGAGAAGCCCGCAGCAAAGAAACCUGAGCCGAUCCCGCCGGCACCCUCGCCAGAGAUCAGCGAAAGUAAAAAGAAGCCUGCCGGAGCAGUCAGUCUGUUUGGAGGCAUUGACGUGUUUGCCAACAAGCAGACAAAGAGCCCGUUGGAUGAAGCUGACAAUGAUGACGGUUUCCUCUCCAAGGACAGCCCACCACCAAAUGUCAAGAAUGAGGAGAAGAAGGAAGAGAAAGUCAAAACUAACACUGUUAGUCUAUUUGAUGAUUAUGAGGAAGAUGAAUCAGAUUGGAAUGAGCCGAUAUUCACACCCAGCAAACCCACAGCAGCAGUAAAGCCGACAGAGGUGCGACCACAAGCAAAGAGCACAGGUGUGUUCCAGGAUGAGGAGCUGCUGUUCAGUCACACGCAGCAGAAGGACAAUGACCCAGAUGUUGACCUGUUUGCCACCUCAGGGAAAGCUGCGACCUCCAAGCUCAGCUCAGUGAAGCCAGCAGCACAAAGUCUGUUUGCAGAUGACGAUGAGGAUGACCUCUUCAGCUCUACCAAGCCAAAAGCUCCUCCUCCGAAAGUAGCAGAGAAGCCCAGUAAACCUAUUGACAAAGCACCACUAGCAAGUCCAGAACCUGUAUCAGAGAGUCAGAAACCUGCACCAAAGCCUGUAAAACCUAAAGAUUCCUCGUCAAGGAUUGGGAAACUUCAAGCCAAUCUGAUGAUCAACCCUGCUGCGUUGCUCCCUGGAGCUGUCCCCAGCAUGCCAGGGGCCAUUAGUGUACUCCCUGGUAUGGCAGCUAGUUCUUCUUCUGGGGUGUCCAGCUCCAGCUUGAGUCCCAGCCCCGUCACAACUCCUAUAGGAGCCCCGACAGAGCUUGAGGAAGGAGUGAGCUUCGACACACCAGUCCAGGUUACAACACUGCAGAGCGCACACAAGGGUCGUGCCAAAGGUUCUGUACAGCGGAGACCCCAGUCCAGAGCGGCGAGGCAGCAAGCAGCCCAAAGAUCUUCAGAAGUUAAAAAGGAGACUGUGGGCGGAGAUGUUCCUGGGCCCAACCCUAGUCUGUCUGGUUUAACCUUGCCUCCACCAGAGAAGUCCAGCCAGCCGCGUGCCAGUUUGACACUACCUGACUCUGCUGCACCUGCAGUCCUGCCUGCCUCCUCACCUUCUCAGUCUUCUGUCUCUGAAGUCUCCCCCAGACCCUCUGUACUGACACUGCCAGUAUCCACAAACGCUGGACAUAAAGACUCCAGUAAAGACAGCAGCAGCACCAAGGUGCUGCCAUCUUCUGAUGAGGAUGACCUUUUUGGCUCUGACAGUCUGUUUGGAGGCCCCUCAGUCACCAACACAACCAUCACCAAACAAACUACCAAGACGACAGAACCUCAGGCCAGUAGUGGGAUGGGACUGAAGAAAGACAAAGAUGGAGACAAAAGCACUCUCCCAUCCAUUUUUGAUGCCAGCACUGAUGACAUUUUCCAAAAAGUUAAACCAAGGUCAACCACUAAGAAAGCGGCCUCCUCCUUUUUGGAUGAAGACGACGAUGAUGACAUCUUUGGAGUGAGCAACAGCUCAAUUCCCAAAUCAAGCAGUAAAGAAAUCAAGAACAGCAGUAGUUUUUCAAAGCAAGACAUCUUCCAGGAUGAGGUAGCCGCUGUGCCUAAAGUUCACAAGAAGCACAAAGAGAAGACCAUUGAUGCCAGCUUGUUUAAUGACAACAUAGACAUUUUUGCUGACCUGACGGACACCAUAAAACCAAAACAGAAGUCCAAGUCAAAGGGAGAGACCAAGUCAAUAUUUGAUGAUGACAUGGAUGACAUCUUUUCAUCAAGCACAGUAAAACCAGUCACGAAGGCUCCCCAUAAAUCAAAGAAAACACCACCGUCUCAGGAGACCAGUACAGCAGCAGAUUCAAGCAACAUAUUCGAUGAUCCACUCAAUGCUCUUGGUGGGAACUGAACUGUUGUUUCUGAGUAGCCAGAUUUGUACAAUUGUGGAUUCAUUUUUUUGUCGUAUGGAUCGCUGAAAGUUUGGAGAUCGGAUACACUGUUGAAAGAGUAUUUAUUCAUAUAAAUUCAUAUAAAUACUGUGGCUUAUUUUUGGCAGAUGAAGACUCAAAUUAAAAUUAUUCCAGUCAUCUUCUGGCAGCAUUUCCAAAAUCAUCUCGGCAGCAUCAGAUCAUAUUAUGUAACAGUUAUUAUAUACUGUAAUCUUUAUUAUACAUGAUAGCACUUUAUAAGCAUACCAUUAUGCUUAGCCUCAAAGCCUGCAGAAAUUAACAGAAAAUUGUUUUGUUUGUUUUGAAGAUGUUUAUCCCGUUCCAUGUUGAGAUUUCAUGUCUUUGAGUUUGUGCCAUAUCAUGAUUAUGAUGAGAAAUCAGUGUGUUUACUUACUGUCUUAGGCAUUUUGACAAUGUUUUUAUUAAUAAGAAAUUCAUCAAUUUCUUAACUUUGGCUGUGAUGAAAAAGGAAAUCCAUUUUUAAUAACUAAAAAGAAACAUAUUUUAUGCUAUCUGAAAUGAGUGUGAUUCUUUUCGGGUCGCUUGUUUUCUGCACUGUGCCAUUCUAAAUUUAGAUACUGAUCAGUAUUUAAUAUGAGCAGGAAGAAAUGAGCUUUAGGUCUGUCAUUAUUAACACUAUUUCUGUUUCAUUUUUGGGUGAAUGAGGUUUAGUGUUUUUGCCAAGGUCAGUAUUCUUAAUUUUUUUUUUUUAAA